ACGCGUUGCCUUCUAGAACAGCUCGUUAUCUUUAAACGUUCUAAACUCAGCGCAAUAUAUAAUUAAAAUAAUUUUAAUCCAAACUUCGUGCAUUAAAUUUUCAAGUCAGUUUAUGUAGUUUAGUAUGUUCCGCACAUCCAACAACACUCAUCUACUACUAUCCCGUGAGAACGGAUCUAUGUUAGUUAGAAUCCCCACGCGUUUUUUAGACAGUGAACUCAACAAACACAUGUUACUUUCUUCUCCAUAGCAUUAUGUCAUUCCGGUGUCAUGGCGGCUCCCGUGGCCCUCGUCCAAGGUGCCAGCCGGGGUCUGGGGCUGCAGUUUUGCAAAUACAUUUUAAAAGACAAACCCCCAGCGAGUGUCAUAGCAACGUGUCGGAACCCGGACGGGGCCACGGAACUGCAGGGGCUGGUCGGACAACACCCGAACCGGCUGACGGUGCUUCAGCUGGACGUGAAUCGCGAGGAGGACAUCCGCAAGGCAGCUGAGCGGGUGAAGAAGAGCUUUGGUCGGCUUGAUUUGAUGGUCAACUCAUCCGCUCUGCUUCACCCCUCCGGGAAAGGAGAGACGAGCCUGAGGGAUGUUUCUGCACAAGGCAUCAUCGCCACCUUGACCACAAACACGGUGGGUCCGCUCGUGAUGGCCAAGUACUUUGCUCCACUCCUGCAGAAGGGCGGAGGUGGCUUCGGUCAACAACCAACAGACCAGGCCAAGCGGCACAGCGGCAUUAUCGUCAACGUCACAGCCAAAGUCGGCUCCAUUGGCGACAACGGUCUUGGCGGCUGGUACAGCUACAGAAUGUCUAAAGCGGCUCUAAACAUGGCCACAAAAAAUCUUUCCAUUGAGCUGGGCCGAAAUCGACCCAAGGUGGUCUGCGUUUCCUUGCAUCCAGGAACAUUGGACACCGACUUGUCUAAACCGUAUCAUAGGAACGUACCCGAGGGGAAGCUUUUCAGCACGGAACGCUCUGUGGAGUACCUGAUGGGUAUCAUAGAAGAUCUGGAUGUGGAAAAGACAGGUAACGCCUACAACUGGGAUGGAACUCAACUGCCCUGGUAGCAAAAAGAAGGAAGAACAAGGACUCUUUCUAUAUUAAUCUAAGUAAUGGAAUUGUCAAUAUUCAUUUGACAUUAUGGUGUGAUGUGAUUUUCAUAUAUCUCAUGUAAAGUUGUGCUCUUGAGUUUAGAUUUGGAUCAAUUUGAGAAAUAUUGGCAAAUGACCACUCUCUUUAUUUCAUCAAAUUCUGCAAACUCAUGAUGAUAAACUAAAUGUUAUUGUGCAUUAUUUCCCUUUUAUAUGUUUACAGAUGCUUUUUAUACUAUUAUAUCAGUAGCCUAUUUUUCAACUGGCUCACUUUUUUCCAAUAUAUUACAGCGCUGUCCUAUGUGUCAUACUCUAACCCACCGCCAGAUGGUGUAAAAGUACCUUGUGAAGAAUCGAGCUGCUACUAAAGCAUGCAAAAAAAAAAAUCAUUUCUAUCUUUCCCGACAUCAUGAACUGCUGCGUUUUGCACGACACGCUUGCAAAAAAAUCAACGAUCCUCUUCUUUGUUUUUACAGCAUUCAAAUACUUUGUUACGGUAUCUUAUGAGCUGUCACUUUAUCUCUUAAUCCGCGCGUCUUCUCUGCAAUUGUACUUUGCAUUUUUGCGUUGAGGCGAUCGAUAAUGUAAUUAUGCUGUGGCGUGCAAUAAAAGCAACAUGUCGUGA